AUGAACACGGACGCACGCGCGCAGACGGUAAACCUGGGCGCCGGACCCUCAAUGUUGCCGACAGAUAUAUUGAUGGAAGCAGCACAAGGGCUUCUUGAUUAUGGUGAAACUGGAAUUGGUGUCACUGAGCUGAGUCACCGCUCUAGCACAUUCAAAGACCUAAUCGAGCAGGCGGAGAACGAUCUGCGUGCUUUGCUAGAUAUCCCGACUGAAUAUGCUGUCCUCUUUCUGCAGGGUGGUGGAACUGAGCAGUUUAGUGCCACACUGCUCAAUAUGCUAGCAGCCCACGCUGCGAAGCAGAACGGCCAAGGCGCACCACCGCCCGUGGACUAUGUUAUUUCGGGGACAUGGUCCAACAAAGCCUAUAAAGAAGCACGCCGUCUUUAUGACCCCGUACGCCAAGUCGUAGACUUGAGGAAGAAUAUUGGAGAUCCUAGCCAGCCCAUUCCUGAACCUAGCGAGUGGAAUUUGAGCAGCAUCGAUGAAAAUCCUGCGAUGCUGUAUUACUGCGACAAUGAAACCAUCGAUGGUUUUGAAUUCCCUCAAGAAUUUUUUCAGCGUCUUCCGGAAGAGUACCGUCAACGAGUUCCUAUUGUGGCUGACUGCUCGUCGAACAUUCUGAGUCGGCCUAUUGACAUUCGGUCCCACGCAGUUGUAUUUUUCGGUGCGCAGAAAAAUGUCGGACCCAGUGGCGUCACGAUUGUGGUAGUGCGACGUGACCUAGUCGUGGAUCCAGAUAUGGUUCAGCAGUCCUACUUCCCUCGCAUUCCCUCGACUCUUGUUUACAAGAAUGCCAUGGACAACGGCUCCCUGUACAAUACACCAUCCAUUUUUCCCAUCUACGUGAGUGGACUUGGCUUUCGGAAAUUAAUAAACGAAGGGGGCGUGGUUCGUGCUCAGGAGCGCGCUAGUGCAAGAUCAAAGCUGGUUUAUGAUAAAUUGGAGCAACAUCCGACCGUUUUCAGGGCUACAGUGGCCCACGCCGACUUUCGCAGCAAAAUGAACUUAACUUUCCGUAUCUUGGAUGCUAAAACAGGCGAGCCAUCAGAGACUGAAGAAGCGCGUUUUGUCAAGUUCUGCGAUGAAAACAAAGUCGUACAGGUCAAGGGACAUCGCUCUGUUGGCGGUAUUCGCAUAAGUUUGUACAAUGCAUCGACACUGGAAAUGGCACAGAAGGUGGUGUCACUAAUGGAACAGUUUAUUAAGGCAUAG